AUGAAUGAAUUAUUUGGAUCAUGUAGAUUCAUAGGAGAGUUUACUUAACUUAAUUAAUUAGGCGAAGGUACAUUCGGUAAAGUAUACAAAGCCCAAGAUAAAAAUACAGGUGAAAUUGUAGCCGUAAAAUAAGUUAAAAUACAUGAUGAAAGAGAAGGAUUUCCUAUUACAUCUGUCCGUGAAAUAAAGUUAUUGAAUGAACUUUAAGAUCAUCCUAAUAUUGUUAAAUUUAAAGAAGUUGUUGUUGGAUAAAAUUAAAAUAGCAUUUUUUUAAUUUUUGAGUAUUGCUAAAUUGAUAUAGCUAAUUUAAUUUAUAGAAUGAAUAUAGAAAAAGUAUAUUUUACAGAAUCAGAAAUAAAAUGCAUAGUCCUUUAACUUUUGAAUGGAAUUUAGCAUAUGCAUAAAUAGUUUCAAAUUCAUAGAGAUAUAAAGCUUUCAAAUAUUUUAAUAAAUGAUAAAGGAAUUGUAAAGAUAGCUGAUUUUGGUUUAGCUAGGCAUUAUUCUAUUCCACAUAGACCUUAUACGCCUAAAGUUGUUACAUUAUGGUAUAGGGCACCUGAAUUACUUUUAGAAUUGGAUUAAUAUUCAUAAGCUAUUGAUAUUUGGUCUGUAGGAUGUGUUUUGGCUGAAUUUUUGAAUGAAGGUUAACCUAUUUUUGCCGGAAAUAAUGAAACAAAUUAGUUUUAACUUAUUUGCUAGUUGAUUGGAUAUCCAUGUAGGUAUGAAUGGAAUGAUUAUUAUUAAUUAGUUAAAAAAGAAGUAAGAAAAGAGUUAGAAAAGUUUUCGAUGUAUAAAAGUAAUAAUAUUUAAAAAAAUUUAAAAUUCUCAGAUAAAUGUUUAGAUUUACUUUAAAAGAUGUUGGCUUGGGAUCCGAAUAAAAGAAUUAGUGCAGAAAAAGCUAUGUUGCAUCCUUAUUUUAGUGAGAACCCUUAACCUACUCUUCCAGGAUAAAUUAGAGUUCUUGAAAGAUUAAAUUAUUAUACCAAAAAGAAUUAAGAUUAGAUGGAAAAAAAAUUAAAAAUAUGA